AUGAACCUCCGCCGCCCGCCUCUCACAGCUAAGAGUCAUGCAGCUGGACAUUCUACAGCCAGCUGGACAUUCUACAGCCAGCUGGACAUUCUCAUGCCCACCUGUCCUCUGCUCUACGCUCAAACCCACCAUUCCUGUCCCACUCCUCCCAUUUCGCGCCCACAGAUGAACCUUCGCCGUCGCCUCGCACAGCUCAAGGUGAUGCAGCCCCAGCUGGACAUGCUGCAGAGCCAGCUGUCCAUCCUCGUGCCCACCUUCCCCUGCCCCAAGGAGGAGCGUGUGGGCGUGUGGGCGGACGGCCGCAAGUGGCUUUGCAACAUGAAGACAUUUCUACCAGAUAACCCCGUAGUGUACAGGCGGGGAAUACUCAUUCGAAGAGGACAUGUUCUUCAAGUUCCCCCUCACACGUCCGCUCACCUUCGACCCAUUCCUCACGGCCUCCCUCGCCUCCUCCCUGCAAGCCCUCUCCUUCCUUUGCUUUCCUCCCCCUCCCCCUCCUCCCCCCGUCGCAGCAUAGGGUCAGGCGGAGAGUACUCCUUUGAAAAGGACAUCUUCUUCAAGUUCCCCCUCACGCGUCCGCUCACCUUCGACCCAUUCCUCGACCCCUCCCUCUCCUCCUCCAUGCAAGCCCUCUCCUUCCUCCGCCUCCUCCCCAUCGGCCUCGCCGGGGCCGGGGUGAUCGAGAGAGCGAGAGUGGACCGACCGGGAGUGCAGUUCAUGACUGUGGGGGAGGUCAUGGCUGCGAAUAAUCACUCCUAUGUGGAUGUUCUGAAGGUGGAUUGCGAUGGGUGUGAGGAGGGGUUGGUUUAUGAUAUUAAGCCAGGAAGGAGGGAGGGUGGGGGGGAAGGGGUGGGGGAUGGGAGUGGAGGAGGAGGGAGAGGAGAAGGGGGAGGAGGAGGGGAAGGGAGGGAGGAGGAGUUGUUGGAGGAGUUUAGCCGAGUGAAGCCGUUUGGGGACCCGGCGAUUGGUCAGAUACUCAUUGACUUGCACCACCUCUACAACCCCACAAUCACCCUCCCCAUGGUAUACCACCUGGAGAGCGUGGGCUAUCUGCUGUACCACGUGGAGCCCAACGCCCAUGUGGGGCAGGCUUUUCACGCGUCCCCGCAGGCCCUGGGCACUCUCACGCUCGUGCGCGCGCUCGUGCAGGCCUUAACCUGCCCGCUCGCCCCAUGGCUGGCGCACUGGAUGGCCCGUGUGAAAGUGAUUGCAGUGGGCGCGUUCACAUGGGCCAUCGCCACUCUGGGGGUUGGCAUCGCCACCAACUACUAUGAGGUGGCGGCAAGGCAGGGCCUCAACGGGGUGGGCCUAGCGCUGGUCAUCCCGGCCAUCCAGUCGCUAGUGGCGGAUUCAGCCAGCAACAGCACGAGGGGCAUGGCGUUCGGCUGGCUGCAGUUCGUCACCAACUUUGGCAACAUCCUCGGCUUCACCCUCGGCAUCUCCCUCGCCUGCUACACCUUCUUUGGGCUAGCCGGCUGGCGCAUGGCUUUCAUUAUCGUGACGGUUGUCAGCCUGGGUUUGGCGGCCGUGCUGUGGCUCUUCGCACACGACCCCCCUCCCACCACAGUCAAGUCAGUCGACGCGUUGGCUGCUCUUGCCGAUGAGCCCGGCGCACAAGAGGAGCGCACUGUAGAACCGUUGCUGUCUGAAGACCACAGCCUACACUUGAAGCAACAGCAGCAGCAUCACCAGCACCAGCAGGAGCAGGUGCAGCAGCAGCAACAGUCUCAAGUCAACGAAUCAACCCCACUCCACUCCACCUCCUCCCACCACCGCAUCUCCGCCUCCUCCCCAUCCCACUCUCCGCACUCCCAUCCCCACCCCUCCCCACUCCCUCCCACCCCUCUCUCCUCCCCUCACUCCUCCACCUUCCUCUCAGACGUGCUUAAAGUCCUCCGAAUCCGAACCUUCCAGCUGAUCAUAGCCCAGGGGGUCGUGGGCUCAUUCCCCUGGGCAGCAGGCGCAUUCUUCCCCAUGUGGUUCGAGCUCCUAGGCUUCUCCCAUGCCUCCACUGCUGUUCUGCUCUCCGUUUUCACUGUCGCGUGCAGCUUGGGGGGGCUGUUUGGCGGGUGGUUUGGGGAUGUGAUGGCACGGAGGUGGCCGGAUGGGGGAAGGCUGGUGUGUGCGCAGAUCAGUGCUGGGUCGGCGGUGCUGCUGUCGACGGUGCUGCUGAGAGUAGUGCCGCAUUCGCCUGAUUAUUUUGGGGUGUACAUUAUGGUGUUAACCCUCAUGGGGUUUCUUAUCUCAUGGAAUGCCGCGGGCACCAACAACCCCAUAUUCGCAGAGAUUGUCCCCGAGAGACUCCGCACGGACAUAUACGCCCUCGACCGAACCUUUGAAAUGUCCAUAGCAGCCUUUGCCCCCCCCACUGAUCGGGACCGCGUGCGGGCCGAAGCUGCGGCUGAGGCUCGGGAAGAGAGGAGGCCAGGUGGAGGUGAGGAAGGUAGUGGAGAGGGUAGGUGUUAA